AGCUUCAGGGAAAGGAUCGGGCUAUAGAGAAGCAAGAUCGGAUGUUGCCGUUCGAGUUCAAGUUGGUGACCGACUCGGAAUUUCGAGACUUGCUAAUUAAAUUAACGUUGGCCUCGCGCCCAACAAAGCCUGUAAGACUCAGCUAGAGCACUUCAGGGUGACCUUGAAGUUAACGUUGAUCCUGGUGGAGACUGAUGCCGGCCGAUCGAUCUAGAAUUAAAUGUUGGAGCAACAAAAUAACUUCCGCGGCGCAAACGUUCAGCUACAACAAAAAUUUGGUUCAUGAAACAUCGCCUUCAGUACUCCUCCCAUUACUCACAUCUAUCUCCAUGCUGUCCUAUGCAGGAUCCCAAGCAAUCCAAUUUAUUUGCUAUUUUCACCUGAAAUUAUAAUCGGACCCCUCCUUAAAAACCAGUCGGAUUCGUACCUUGCUGAUCAGAACCUCUCUAUUCCCCUCUUCUAGACUUGCUUUCAACCUUGCUUUGAACGACUCAUGGAAGGGAUUUCCCUUGAUACGGCUUCUAACUUCCCCUCUCUUUCCGAUGUUCUUUACCAAGAACUAAGAUCGACCGUUCGCGGAGACGCAUACCGGAGAGGUGAUCCCAGUUUUCUGGACUAUUCUCGAAUGUUUAAUGGCGACGUCGAAGUUUCCGCCAUGGCUGUCGUAUGUCCCCUCGACGCCCCAGACGUUAGCCAAGUCAUCUUGUUCUGCAGAAAGCAUUCGAUUUCUGCUUCUGUCAAGGCCGGAGGCUACGGCACUGCUGGCUGGGCAGUCGGAGGCGACAUAAUUAUCGACCUCUGCAAGAUCGUCGACAUCGACAUUGAACCUCCCGCUGCCGAUGGCUCUUUUACUAGUAUUCGAGACAUGCCUUUACUUGGCAGCAAGGGGAAGGUCAAAGCUGGCCCGCUGCUUCUAGAUAGAUCUGCUACUAUGGCUAGCAGUAAGCGAAGAAGGGAAGACGAUGACGAACUGAGGUCUUACGACCUGGCAUCUGCAACCGUCGCAGAUUUUCUGUACCCAGGAGGAUCGUCCGCCCCAUUUGCUGAUCGUCCUCCCGUCACUCGACGAAGGUUGGAAUUCGCAGCUCCUGCGGUGAGGACCCCACAGAUGUCUACCUAUUCUGCGACGUCGGGCAGUCGUCACGACCCCAACGCGACAUUGUUAUCAUCUAACUCCUCUGGUUCUUCUAUUGCCAUGGUUUCUAAUCCCUUGGCUUUUAAUCUUCCAUCCACGGACGGUGCCACUACCGCUGUUGCCCCACCUUAUCCACUACCAGAUACCAGUUCAAAUCCGCCCCCAUGUUUAUCAUCAUUGGAUGAUCCAUUUUCCUAUCUAGAUGAUACACCCAACAACCCCGUACCACCUGUUGCCUCCACUUCCCGGCUUGCCCAGUCCAUGCCCAACGCAUUGUUUGCUACGCCGAGUUUCCUCGAGGCUCAGACUAGCAUUUUGACUUACGCAAUGCCCAUCUACUCUCAUGCCUUCAUGACCUUUGGUGCAGGAAAGAGACAGAAAGAAAUCGAUCAGUUCUCAGCGGCGAACCCUUUAGAAGCGAUGUCACUCGCUGGGGGUCGUAGUGUUGUGCCAUACCACGUCCCAUCUGCGGCUCAUCCUGUUGGUUCAGCAAUCAUGAUCUUGGGAGGCUUUGGGUUCCUGGGCCGCCUUCACGGCUUGAGCAGUGACAACUUGGUAGAAGCAGAAGUCGUUUUGGCAGACGGUCAAAUCGUCGUGGUCAGCCACAACGAACACCCAGAUCUGUGGUGGGCACUGCGUGGUGGUGGUCCAGCCUUUGGUAUUGUCACACGUUACAAAGCCAGAGCUUAUCCAGUUCCCGUCGUCUUCGCGGGUAAUCUCAUAUAUCGUUUUCAUAGCGCAACUGCACCAUCACUAAUCAAGCACUUUCGCGAUUGCGUCAAGGGUGCUCCCCGGGAGUUGUAUGCCAAUGUUCUGCUUACGGCUGGCCCUGCAGGGCAGGAUUCCUUAGUUGUUAUCCAGAUGUGUUACGUCGGUCCCAAGAUAAAGGGCCAGGAAUUCUUACAGGCCAUUUCGUCGUGGGACGGUGGACGGUGUCUUCUCAAUGAGGUCGAUGAGAAGUCGUUCCUUCAUCAGCAAGACAGCGUUGCACAGGUUCUCCGUGGAAAAGCAGGAAACAAGUGGUUCAUACGAUCUGCGCUUAUUAGCUCGCUUCCGGAUGAUAUCGUAAAUAAGACGGUCCUUCAAUUUGCGGGCACGCCUGUUGGCUGCACGUGGUUGUUCGAAUUGGCUGGUGGCGCACUUGGUGAUUUCGAGGAUAAUUGUAUACCGAAGGCGCAACGUCAGGCUUCCUUUACUGUUGCCGCGUUGCAUCAGUGGGAUAUUGGAUUCCAAGAUCCGCGCUGUGUCCAUUCCGCGGAGGAGUGGAUUGCAGAGACUUUGGCACCGGUGACGCUCGGUGGCCCCUUGCCAAGCGUAUGCGUUUCCUCCGUACCCACAUCUGAUUUUUUUCAUUUACAUCGCCGACAGUUCUUAGGCAGACAGGAGCCUCCUGGUCGAGUUAUUGCUUGCUACGGCGAGAACUGGGCUAGGCUGUGCGAGGUGAAAAAGAAGUAUGACCCUGACAACUUCUUCAGGAACUCUUUUUGGCCACUAAAUGCACAGGGGGAGAUCAUUGAACCCGAAGAGCAUGAGCCUCAGCACAUUCAGUUUUGAGCCAAUUAAGUGCUUCUCGUUCCGUUAUUUAGCUAGGCAAUCUAGUUUAGUUGCACUGGCAGGAUCUAGGGCCAAAGCAUUAUUGCAUGUUUGUACGCUAUGUAAGAUUUUAUGGGCUUUUGGGCGUGCGGAUAUGGUGACUAGGACUGUAGCUACGUAGCUUUUUGGUUAGACCGAUCUCUCUACACGAUGUUUGGGCACAUGUUAUGUUACAGCUAUACUUUGUUCUCAGGGAAGGAACUUACUUCUCCA